UCUCAGCAAUUCAGAGAUUCUUCUAGAGCGCCUGGGUCACCCCUGACAACCGUGGGAGGGAGGCCCUCCUCCUGGCUGGGCUCCACAGGGCCUUGGUGGCCACCCCUGCUUCCUGAUGUGACUGGUGCCCCGGCUGCUGCUCCAAGCCAUGGCUGACACCAUCUUCGGCAGUGGCAGUGACCAGUGGGUUUGUCCCAAUGACCGGCAACUAGCCCUGAGAGCCAAGCUGCACACAGGCUGGUCCGUGCAUACCUACCAGACAGAGAAACAGAGGAGGAGUCAGUGCCUCAGCUCAGCAGAGGUAGAGGCCAUUCUGCAAGUCAUCCAGAGGGCUGAGCGGCUUGACAUCAUGGAGCAGCAGAGAAUCGGGCGGCUGGUGGAGCGGCUGGAGACCAUGAGGCAAAAUGUGAUGGGGAACGGCCUCUCCCAAUGUCUGCUGUGUGGGGAGGUGCUGGGCUUCCUGGGGAGCUCCUCAGUAUUUUGCAAAGACUGCAGGAAGAAAGUCUGCACCAAAUGUGGGAUCGAGAUCACCCCUGGCCAGAAGCGGCCCCUGUGGCUAUGUAAGAUCUGCAGUGAGCAGAGAGAGGUCUGGAAAAGGUCGGGGGCCUGGUUCUACAAAGGGCUCCCCAAGUAUAUCUUGCCCCUGAAGACACCUGGACGAGCAGAUGACCCCCACUUCCGACCUUUGCCUGUGGAGCCUCCAGAGCCCAAGCCCCGAAGCCCUGAGGUCAGCCGCAUCUACACAUGGGCUCGAGGGAGAGUGGUUUCCAGUGACAGUGAUAGUGACUCAGAUCUCAGCUCCUCCAGCCUGGAUGACAGACUUCCGUCCGCUGGGGUCAGGGACAUGAAAGGUGAUAAACCUGGAGGAGAAUCAGGUGGCAGUGUGGGGGCCCCCUGGAUGGAGCUCACCCGGCUGCCCAGCCACCUCUCUGGGAGCCAAAGCAGUUUGGCCAGCAAGGCUGGGGCAGGUCCUGCAGACCCACAGGGAGGCACCCUGCCCCAGCCUGAGCCCAAGGGUUCUGGCAAGAGAUACACCUGGGCGAGUCCUCGCUGUUGAUGUGGCCUCAGUCCGUCCCUCAGCCUGACCUGGGCUCUGAUGUUUGUUUCAUGAAGCUAGUUCUCCAAUGGAAACUCUGAGAGAGAGAGAGAGAGAGAGAACAUGAGCACUGGAGCCAGGCUGCCAGGCUCCUUUCUGAAGGGGGCCUGAGCCCAUCACCCUGUGUCCCUGACCUCUAACUUAAACCAGUGUUUGGGGGCUGAACCUUCUAGUCCCACCCAGUGCCUUUCUGCACCCUCCUGGCAAGGGCCUCUUCAUCCAACACUCCUCUUACCCCCCCCCCCCGCCCUUACCUGUAUUUAUUGUCCUUCCCUAUCCCCCCAGACUGCCCCAAGUUCACGUUUAGGGUCUUGGGCUGGCUGGAAGGGCCCUUCCUGUAUGCACUGCAGCUGUGUCCUGCAGGGCAUUCUCUGGAAUGGUGGUCACAGUGAGAACUGUAACCCUGAGUGUUCCCUUCAUUGUGUAGGUAUACACGGAGCCCAGAACAGCGGGGAGGAGACAUGGCCAUACUUUGCCUUGCUCCAGGAGCUCUGUUUAGCCUCACUCAUUGUUAGGUUUCUUGAGUCCCUCCAUGGGCCUCCCAGACUUUUCUCAGCCAGGAAACAUGUCUCCCCUAAGACAUGAAUUCACUGAUCUUUAGUAGAUGCUGGCUGGUAUGAAAAAUACUCAGUAUAAAUGCUUCUGAAAAACCCUCUCCUGAAAACAGAAUGUGUGUGUGUGUGUGUGUGUGUGUGUGUGUGUGUGUGUGUGUGUGUGUCUGUGUGUGUCUGUGUGCAUGCACGCGCGCGUCUGUGUUUGUACGUGUGUAAUGUCUCUCUUUCCUUCCCCCACCCACCCCAGUCUCACAAACUGGGAGCUCCCAGGCCUUAGCCUUUCUCUUUGCCACUGGCAGAGGUAGAAAAACUCACUGUUUUCCUGUGACAUGUUAUGCUUUAGAAUUGAAACAAUAAAGAUUAGAAUUUGCAUUGA